CAUACGUGUUCACACACUUUAAGUGUUGUAAUCUGAAAAUGGUUCACAUGUUUGUUUUGUUCUUCUUGUUUCAUCUGCUUGGUGUGUUUGGAGAUAUAGUUACAGUGAAGUCAGUGUCAGUGCUGGAGGGAGAUUCAGUCACUCUUCACUCUAAUCUUACUGAAAUGAUGGACGAUGAUCUGAUUCUGUGGAGGUUUGGAUCUGAAAACACUUUAAUAGCUCAAAUCAAUGUACUGGCCGGCAGAAUCUCUGUAUAUGAUGAUGUUCUUGAUGAGAGAUUCGGAGACAGACUGAAGCUGGAUCAUCAAACUGGAUCUCUGAUCAUCACAAACACCAGAACUGAACACACUGGAGUUUAUACACUAUUGAUCAGCAGUGUGAGGACGAGUUUCAGUCUCACUGUCUAUGCUCAUCUUCCUGUUCCUGUCAUCAGCAGUAACACUUCACAAUGUUCAUCAUCAUCUUCAUCUUCAUCACAUCAGAAUUGUUCAUUGUUGUGUUCAGUGGUGAAUGUGGGUCAUGUGACUCUCUCCUGGUACAAAGGAAACAGUUUAUUGUCCAGCAUCAGUGUGUCUGAUCUCAGCAUCAGUCUCUCUCUACCUCUGGAGGUGGAAUAUCAGGAGAAAAACAGCUACAGCUGUGUGAUCAACAAUCCCAUCAGAAACCAGACCACACAUCUCAACAUCACUCAACACUGUCACACGUCCAGGUACAGCAUCUGGUUCAUCUAUUCACUGAAUUAA